AUGAGCAUUCUAGACAAGCUACUGAUUACAGUAACAAGAUACAAAAUGAUGUUGAAAAUUGUGCUCCUGUUAAGCUGUGUUGCUUUAGCCAUUAGCGAACCUGAGGGAAAAUGCCCAGAUACUACAAGUGAAAAUCCCGUAUAUCUCCCAGAUACAGUGGACUGUGCAGUAUUUUACGAAUGUGAUCACGGAGAUCCAAUUGAGUUGAAAUGUGCUCCUGGAACAUACUUUAAUGAGAAAAACAGUCUUUGUGAAAUUCCUAGUUUAGUGGAUUGUGGAAGUAGAUCAACUACACUAGCAACAACAACACCACCACCGAGUUAA